UGGGCCGUCCAACAAAGACGUACUGUAUGCAAACCAUCAGCACGACAGUGGGGUCCCAGGAGCAUGUCAGGCACCUACAACCUACAUCGCAACACCACCGAAACAAACUCCACAACAACACAAACCCGGGACCAAGAAUGCCCUGCCAUGUCGCAUGAUCCCCCCUCUGCUGCUAACCUGCAGGUCUUCUCACCUACCUUCUCUGGUCGUUCCACGCCUUCCCCCAGAGUAUCGCGCAACACGGCCGAGGAUCGUCUGCAGAAGGACAAGAACUUCCGCCGCUAUGCUGCCACCGUCGAACGCGCGCUGGCUCUUUGGGACACGUCCCAGCAGGAAUGGGCUGACUACAUAUCUUUUCUGGCCCGCUUGCUGAAGGCUCUUCAAUCGCACCCUCCAAUUACACCCGUCAUUCCACAUAGCGAUACAGUUGCACUGCGAUUGGCGCAGUGCUUGAAUCCCGCUUUGCCUUCAGGCGUCCACCAAAAAACUCUCGAGGUCUAUGACUUUGUCUUUGCAACCAUUGGAAAUGAGGCAUUGUCCCGUGACUUGCACCUAUACUUCCCCGGCUUCGCUACGGUGCUUUCAUUCGCUUCUCUCUCUGUGCGCCCACUUUUUCUUGCUGUAUUCGAGACUCGUAUCCUCAAACUCCCUUCCCAGGCUCUCCGGCCGCCCUUGAAAGCCGCCAUAUUGUCUCUUCUCCCGGGAUUGGAAGAUGAGACUAGUGAGGACUUCGAGCGCAUUGUUUCCGUGCUCGACAAACUUCGCGCUGCCGUCAAAAGUCAGCCUGAAGAGACCGUUGACGCCAAUCAUGAGGACAGCUCAUCCCAUUUCUGGCAAUGUUUCUUCCUCGCCGUCAUUACCAAUCCAUUCCGAAGGCAGGGCGCUCUUGCCUAUCUGGUACGACGCCUACCCAAAUUCGGUAAUUCCCAGCAGAAUUCUUCGGCGAAAUUUGAUUCUUCACCUCCCUUCGAAUCUCUGUCAGCGGAGGCUUUGGCAGCCGUAUCCCCCGAGCCUGGUCUUCUGAUUCGAUGUUUUGAGUCGGGUUUGUCCGAUGGUCAAUUAUUAGUCCAGCGAGGAUUCCUUGACCUGCUUGUCACACAUCUUCCUUUGAGCUCGUUUGUUUUGCAGCAGCAAAUCAGCAAAGAUGAUUUAGAGAGGCUGGCCGCUGCCGCCGCAGGCGUGGUCUCACGGAGGGAUAUGAGUCUCAACCGGAGACUAUGGGCCUGGUUUUUGGGUCCAGAGCCCUCGUCAAACACUGGGGGUAGCGAUUUCGUGAAGUCACCAACCCAGGAUAAGACAACCGACUCGUCCUCGCAUCAUGCUGCGUAUUUUUCGAAACACGGUCUUCAAGCGCUGACCAGAAGUGUUCUGAAAAUGAUAAAACGCCCGAGCGAACUUCCUACCGAGCGAGCGCGUCCCUUUCGGGUCUGUCUUUCUCUGAUGGAUCGUUGGGAGGUGGGCGGUUUGAUAGUCCCGGAUAUCUUUGUACCAGCAUUACAGAGUAUUUACUCGUAUAGCAAGUCCGCCACACGAGACCAACUCGAUGAAGUCAUGCGUAGCGCAAGUGCUUUCUUCGAUGGCGUGGAUAGUAGCCUGAUUUGGGCCAAGCUUAUUGAGCUGAUAACAUCAUCAUUGAGCCCCAAAGCCAGCCUGCAGACAGCUCUCGAUCGCAUGAGGUUAGCCAAAUUCGUGCUUGCCCGUUUCAAUCUGAAAGAAGAGGAGAUGGUCGUCUACCACAUGCCACUGACCGUGGCAUCAACCCUUGCAGCUCUCAAUGCAAAUUUCGCGAACCAAAUCUCAACCGAUAAGCAGGUGAUGGGUCUUGCGUUCGAGAUCAUUGACUCAUUGGUACAACUCAUUCCUGAUCGGGCAAUCAGGUGUGUUGAUGCAGUUGAAAUUAAUGUGGAGCAGCUUCAACGUCUUGCAUCAGAUGCAAUCUCUCGAAAAAUUGACGGUUUUUAUGAAGAGUCUCAACGUAAUUUGGAUGCAACUGAUUUACCUUUUUCUGCGGCACUGCUUGGCCAAAUUCUUCUUCGCGAAUCAGCCCGUAUGUUUACGGCGUCCAUCUCCCCUGGAUUUGGCUAUACAGCAGACAUGCCCUCUAAGGUCUUAUCGAAUGUCUUAUUCAAGGUAGGGCAUCUGGCGGCUUUGGAUGAUCUAAAUCCGUUUGUUGUUUUCGAAGAGUAUCUUUCUUCUGGCAUACAGCAACCACCACCUUUUGCGCAUCUCAGUGCAUUUACCGCUGUUUUAACAGCACUCCAAAAAGCGGACAGUUCCAAGCCUUAUAUUAGCGAAUCACUCCUCCCUGAGCUGAUUCAUCCUCUUAUCACACAUCUGUGGCGUUCGCUUUCACCGGCAGUGCCCAAGCACCACGUAGAGGCAGUUCGGUGCAUAAUCCAGUUGCACACCAUCUCACCUUCGACUCGUAUGGUGGAGGCUGCCAUCACGUCCAUUAUCGCUGGACAAUCCACUGGUGCAGAUCUUCCGAAGCCAGGCUCAGCUGCUAGUAGCCAUCGAUUUGCUGUACUAUGGACUCAUACCAUGUAUGAGUUAUCUCUGCAAUCAGAAAACCGUGGGAACUUCUCUCGUCGGCACGGCGAAACGACCACACCGAUUCCACCUCCUGAUGCUGUCAAUUAUCAAUCAAUUCUUGCACGGCCAUUGCUUCUGCUUCUGGAUGCACUAGAGAAUGGAGAGUCAGAUGUGGCAGCUUUCGUGAAAUCGUGGCUGCAGGAUCUCCCGAGUCUCAAUAAAGUGCUGGAACUGCUGGUCACUCGUCUGCAAUGUCUUCAGUGUCUGUCAACCAGCGACAGCCUAGAGCCUCCCAUUGAGCGUCAAUAUACCAGCCUGCGCUCUAGCAUAGAUGAUACGAGGGAGUGUUUGUAUUAUCUAAUGCAUAUACACAACGUCUUGAAGCAAUCGUCACACCACACGUGGAUUACUCUGGCUGAUCAUGCGGCUCCAAAUGCGCAGCAGUCGGAGUCAGCAAACUCUUUGCAGGAAUGGCUUGUUCGGACAUGUAUGCAAACACUUUCACUGCAAUUAAGUGAAGCUCAAUCAACCUCGAAGCCACAUUUACAUGACUUAUAUCGCAUUUCCGCUAGCAUCAUCCAACAAACCUACUCGGGCCCAAUGGCUUCAAAGCUUCGACACCUUGAGAUAGAAGUUCCCUUGAUGGCCCGGUUGAGAGUAGCUGGUUCCGCUUUGCAAGGUCUCCUUUUGGACGUGAUUAUUCUGGCACUCAAAGUUCGGCUCGCCCGGCCUGAUGAGUCGUCUGUAGAAAUCAAGGGAUUAGCUCUUAACCCCAGCCAUAAGUCUCGAUUGUCGAUUAGCACGAACAGAGAUUCAGUCGAUGAGGAGCUCGCUUCGAUACCCCCACCUCCUCAGCUUGUGGACACAAUAAAGUAUGGGUUUUCAUCAUCGUCCAGCCGCCUCGUCCUCGAUGACUGGGUACACUUCCUUAUCGAAGUCCUUCCUCUUUUCGCGGAUACCAUUUUCCAGAAUCUGCUUCCCCUUGUCGAAUGCCUAUGUCAGCAGAUAAGCCAAACGUUUGAUCAACUUAAGUUGAUGUUCCUUCUCACGACCAGUGGUGCAAGAGUCUCACCCGAAACCACCUUGAUCUCCCUCGUGAACGGCCUUGAACAGAUACUGGCUAAAGCACACGACCGUCUUACAGUGCAGGAGACAAAGAUAACAGCUAACAAAACACCAGAAGUGCCACAGGGCUUCUUUGGAAAUAUGGUCUCCGGUGUUUUCGCUUCGGAUAACCAUCAAGCACGGACUCCGACUGCAAACAGCAGACUUUCCGUCCUGCUAUGCUUCCAAGACACGGUCCGUAUAUGCUUUGCGAUCUGGUCUUGGGGAGGUUAUGGAAUGAAGGAAGGUUCGCAAGACCCGUCCUCUGCAUCAUCAUUUGGCUAUACAUCUUUGCGGAUGCGCAACCGAGCCAGACGAAUCUUGGAACAUCUUUUUGCUGCUGAAACUCUGGAAUGCCUCGAAACUUUGAUUGUGCUUUGGGCACAAUCUCCAAAGGGUGAUAUCGAGGCCACAGCGGUCAUGGGAUUACUCAAUGUUCUCAACGGAUCCAAACCGCAGCACACCAUACCUGCUAUCUUCAACGCUAUAUACAGCCGCACAAACCCAAACGCGAUGGAUCAAAACAGGAUGUCGACACUUACUUCGAACUUGUCUGAAAUAGAGCUCGUGUCGUUCCUGCUCGACUAUACUUCGUCACUGGAGGACGACGCCAUGGAUGAGAUAUGGCAAGACUGCAAUCUAUUCCUGCGCGAUGUUCUUGCGAAUCCAAUGCCUCAUCGGCAGAUUCUCUCUUCGCUUUUGGAGUUUACGGCUGUCAUUGGUCAAAAGGUUGACAACACCAAUAUCGGUGAACAACGUAGGAUGCGCAAAGAGCUUGCGGACAUCUUCCAGCGCAUUCUGACCGCUCUAUUCACUACACGAUCCAUGGGUUAUCUGCAAGAUCCAAAUCAGUCUAACCCCGCGGAGAAUUCUACGCACGUCACCAAUGGGAGUUUAGGCCAAGAGCGAGCCAACGAUGUUGUUUCCGUUCUCAACGUGAUCGUCCCCAAUCUUCCAGCUAUUCUCGUAGAAAACGACCGUGUCGCCAACAUCGUUUCCAGCAUUGCAACAUCCGUCGUCGGGCCCACAUUCCGCGCGAAAUCGUUUCCAGACAACAUAUCGGAAGGGGUUUUGAACUUGCUCCAGGGACUAGCAAAGGUCGCGCAGGGAAAUAAGAUAUGGAAGAAAGAUCUGUUCGAAGCGUUCAACGAUCCCCGUUUCUUCAAUACCCCACUUUCUCUGCUCAAACGCUCGUGGAUCCCCAUUCUCGCGCAAUGGACGUAUGCUGAUAAAGAGCGUGUACCUGAACUCCUCUCUCGACUUUCCGCUCCAACGACCGCAGGUAUCAUGUUCGGCGUAGGCGCCACGUCUGCGCGUCAAGAAGCCGAUCGAAGAGCUCAACUCACACUGCGCCGCAUUGCGCUCAUUAUACUGGCUGCAACUGAAGACGCCUUCAUCUCACACCUGCCACAGAUUCUUGAAAAGAUUGUGGAACUCCUCAAUGCAACCCCAGCGUCCUCCCCGUCAUCCAGCACCCGUGCCGAAGUCCUUUUACUGAUUCGGGCGCUGCUCCUCAAAAUCUCGCCUAUUAAUCUCGCGUCUGCCUGGCCCAUCCUCAAUGCAGAGCUCACGUCUGCACUCUCCUCUCUGCUCCCGGACGCACCCAAUAAAGACCACUAUACCAACGCGGGAAUCCUGCAGGCCUGCAAGCUUCUCGAUGAGCUCGUCAUCCUCGCUCCCGACGACUUCCAGCUCCUCCAGUGGCUCUACCUAUCCGACACUAUCGACGCGGUGUAUGCGCCUGUAAACGUCUCGUACCCAACGUCGCUAUGCGCUGAGGUCGCGGAGGCAUUACAGCAAACUGAGACGCCCACGUCGUUGCAUGCACGAAACAGGUCUUUACCCAUUAUCCAGCAUCCCCCAAUGGCGUCAUUUGUAGCAACUGUGGAAGGCGAAAACAGUGCUGGUGGCGCUGGGGUUAAGCGCGGAUCGUUCCUGGAGUCCAUGAUCGACGCCAUCGAGAGGGAAGAAAAGGCCAAUGUGUUGGAAAUGACAAGACGUGAACUUGUAGAGCGCCUUGUCCGACCCUUUCUAGGAGGCUUGGCGAUGGUGGCGUUUGAGGCUACAUAUGGUGGGGGGGAGGUAGAUCUAGAGAUUGUUUGGGCAAGUGUAGUUAAGGAUGUUUGGGCAGGAUGUUAAUGUAUACAGUAUAGAGUAAAUACUACUUAGUCUUACCUUUAUACAUAUACUAAAGCAGCUAAUU